AUGGCCUCAGAGAUCCACAUGCCAGCCCCAAAGUGCCUCAUUGAGAACACCAAUGGGCAACUGCUGGCUAAUCCAGAAGCUUUGAAGAUCCUGUCUGCCAUCAGGCAGCCUGUUGUGGUGGUGGCUAUCGUGGGCCCCUACCGCACAGGCAAGUCCUACCUGAUGAACAAGCUGGCCGGGAAGAAAAAGGGCUUCUCUCUGGGCUCCACGGUGCAGUCUCACACGAAGGGCAUCUGGAUGUGGUGUGUGCCUCAUCCCAAGAAGCCAGACCAUACUCUGGUUCUGCUUGAUACCGAGGGCCUGGGGGAUGUGGAGAAGGGAGACAACCAGAAUGACUCCUGGAUCUUUGCCCUGGUGGUUCUCCUGAGCAGCACCUUUGUAUACAACAGCAUGGGAAUCAUCAAUCAACAGGCCAUGGACCAACUUCACUAUGUGACAGAGCUGACACGUCAAAUCAGGGCAAAAUCCUCACCUGAUAAGCAUGAGGUCCAAGACUCAGCCAACUUUGUGAGCUUUUUUCCAGACUUUGUGUGGACUCUGAGAGAUUUCUCCCUGGAGCUGAAACUAGAUGGACAACCCAUCACUGCUGACGAGUACCUGGAGUAUUCACUGAAGCUAAAGCAAGGAAAUGAUAAAAAAACUAAAAACUUUAAUGAACCUCGGUUAUGUAUCCGAAAGUUCUUCCCAGAGAAAAAGUGCUUCAUCUUUGAUCCCCCUGCUCAUAGGAGGUGCCUCAGCCACCUGGAGCACCUACAAGAGGAAGAUUUGAACCCUGAAUUCAGAGAACAAGUUGCAGACUUCUGCUUCUACAUCCUCAGCCAUUCCAAGGCCAAGACUCUCUCAGGCGGAAUCACAGUCAAUGGGCCUCGUCUACAGAGCCUGGUGCAGACCUAUGUCAAUUCCAUCAGCAGUGGGGAUCUGCCCUGCAUGGAGAGUGCAGUCCUGGCCUUGGCUGAGAUCGAGAACUUGGCUGCGGUGCAAAAGGCCAUUGCCCACUAUGACGAGCAGAUGGGCCAGAAGCUGAAGUUGCCCACGGAAACCCUCCAGGAACUGCUAGACCUGCACUCGGCCACUGAGAAAGAGGCCAUUGAAGUCUUCAUGAAGAACUCUUUCAAGGAUGUGGACCAAGUGUUUCAGAAAAAAUUAGGGGACAAGCUACAAGCAAAGCUAGAUGACUUUUGUAAACAGAACAUGAAAGCGUCCUCAGAUUACUGCAUGGCUUUAAUUCAGGACAGUUUUCAUCCUCUAUAUGAAGAUGUGAAGCAGGGAACAGUUUCUAAACCAGGAUGUUAUUAUAUAUUUAUUAAGAAGAUGAAUGAGCUGAAGGAUAAGUACCACCAGGUCCCCAGAAAGGGGGUACAGGCAGGAGAGACACUGAGGAAAUAUUUGGAUUCCAAAGAGGGUGUGGCUGAUGCACUUCUACAGACUGAUCAGUCGCUGACAGAAAAGGAAAAAGAGAUUGAAGUGGAACGCAUGAAGUCUGAAGCUGCCGAAGCUGCAAACAAAAUGUUAGAGGAAAUGCAAAAGAAGAAUGAACAGAUGAUGCAAGAAAAAGAAGCGAGUUAUCAGGAACAUGUGAAGCAACUGACUGAGAAGAUGGAAAAGGAGAGGCCCCAGUUAAUAGCAGACCACGAGAGGGUUUUAGCCCUUAAACUUCAGGAACAGGAACGACUUCUCCAGGAGGGAUUCCAAAAGGAGAGCAUGAAACUUCAUGUUGAGAUUCUAUACCUCAAGAAGAAACAGGAAGAACCACUACCAUGUAAUAUUCUCUAA